GGCCAAUUCAAUACAAUAUCGUCAAGGCCACCAUAAUAAUCCUCAAGUCCUUCGUUCUGUACGCCUCAACACUCUACAAUGUUCGCUCACCUCUAGAACACGCCAUCAUCGCUACCCUCCCACUCUGUUCCCGUACUGAUCAAACUUGUCCACAUAUGGUGUCUGACUGAUCAACACACCACCCUGCAUCGCCUCCGGGCCAUCCACCUCUUGAUCACAUUAGCCAUGAUCCAGAGCCUACAUGUCUCGGCCAAACACAGUGCAUGCAGGAGGCGACAUCGACUCGGCCUCCGAAGAUGACCUUGACCUCGACGAACUCGAUCCUGCGGCCACCGCCUUCCUAAAUGGCUCACUCGGACAUGCAAGCGAGGAAUCCAAGCGGCGCCUUCAGGGCAAGACUGGAAACAUUCCGCUUCAGAGACUGCAGAAAUACGGUGGCAGCCGGCUAUGGCGUUCCAAAGGAAGACAGAAAGGAGAAUCAGCCGUAGAUGAAGACACGGAAGCCCUGUUAAACAACUGGCCUGGACACUCACGUGGAAAGGGGCACAUACGACGCUGGUCUGAAGAACGGGCUGGCUGGAAUGUCCGCAACCAAAGACGGCAGAACAGCAUCGGGCAAAAUGAUGCAUCGCAAGCACGAGAGACUCCGUCGCGCAGACCGAGUCAGAGCAUGCAGUUCCAAGAGUUUGUCAGGCAGGAGCUGGCCGAUAUGCGGGACAACAAACAUGUCGACAACGCAGACUCUCGCGAGAUUCAAGUCGGGCAGUCCCAGAAGAAGCGAUUCCCUACCAACGUCGUCUCGAACGCCAAAUAUACCGCCUGGUCUUUCCUCCCCCGAACACUGUACAACGAGUUUUCUUUCUUCCUGAACAUAUAUUUCCUGUUGGUUGCAUUAUCACAAAUUAUACCCUAUCUGCGCAUUGGUUACAUGUCGACGUAUAUUGUCCCAUUAGCGUGUGUUCUCACUAUUACGAUCGGAAAGGAGGCCGUCGACGACAUUGCACGGAGACGGCGAGAUGCCGAAGCAAACUCGGAGCUCUUCACUGUCGUGUCUUUUCCAGAUGCUGCGCGACCACGGCAGCAAGGUGUUGUGGAGGUACAGAAACGAUCUCGAGAUAUCAAGGUCGGAGAUGUGUUGAAGCUGGAAAAGAAUCAAAGAGUCCCUGCAGAUGUGGUCAUUCUCCAGAGCCAUUUGACCGAGCUUCACAGCGAACUCACGACCAACGAGGCUGGGGAUGGAGUCGCUUCAGCUUCAGAUACUGGGGAAACGUUUAUUCGAACAGACCAGCUUGACGGCGAGACGGAUUGGAAACUCCGGCUACCUAGCCCUCUAAGCCAGAAUCUCAAGUUGUCGGAAUUGCAGCGCUUACAGAUCACGGCUGGCGCACCCGACAAGCAGGUCAACCAUUUUGUUGGAACGCUAGACCUUCGCUCGAACCAGAGCUCAGCGUAUGACCCUCACCCCAGCGAGCAAGAUCUUGUUCACGAUGCGCCGGAUAGUAGCAAUCAAGAUGAGCUUCAUACGAAUCGCAGCAGCUCGGCGCCUCUCACGAUCGACAAUACCGCUUGGGCAAAUACUGUGCUAGCUUCAAGCACUACCACGUACUGCGUGGUCGUCUAUACUGGCCGCCAAACACGAUCAGCCCUCUCGACCUCUCCCUCAAGGUCCAAAACAGGCCUUCUGGAAUUGGAAAUCAACAAUCUAACCAAGAUCCUCUGCAUUAUGACCCUCACUCUCUCCAUCGUCCUCGUCGCCCUCGAAGGUUUCGAGCCCUCCAACAAAAAGCCCUGGUACGUCGCGAUAAUGAUCUACCUGAUCCUUUUCUCGACCAUCAUCCCAAUUAGUCUGCGUGUCAACCUCGACCUCGGCAAAUCCGUCUACGCCAACUUCAUCGAACACGACAAAGGCAUUCCCGACACGGUCGUCCGCACGAGCACCAUUCCCGAAGAUCUCGGCCGCAUAGAAUACCUCCUCUCCGAUAAAACAGGCACUCUUACUCAGAACGAGAUGCUACUCAAAAAGAUCCAUGUCGGUACAGUCGCCUACUCGGGCGAUGCUAUGGAAGAAGUCGCAGCGUACAUCGACCAGGCAUUCUCAUCCACCGACGACACAGACUCCCAAGGGGCUACCACCACCAAAACCCGCCGCGAAAUCGGCGUGCGCGUACGCGACCUCAUCCUUGCUCUGGCUCUCUGCCACAACGUCACACCUACGACCGAUGAGGUGGACGGUGAAAGAGUUGUCUCCUAUCAGGCCUCUUCGCCCGAUGAGAUCGCGAUCGUCGAGUUCACUGAGAGCGUGGGCCUGCGCGUUCUACACCGCGACCGCGAGAAUAUUGUCCUGCAGUCUGUCAAGUCAGACCGGAUCGUACUCCGCGCCGAAAUCAAGGACAUAUUCCCCUUCACAUCCGACAGCAAGCGCAUGGGCAUCAUCGUUCAACUGUCUUCCGAGAUUCCCGGCAUUACGAGUAUGGCUGGCGAUGAACUCUGGUUCUUCCAGAAGGGCGCCGAUACCGUAAUGUCCAGCAUCGUCGCGGCGAACGACUGGCUCGACGAGGAGACAGCCAACAUGGCGCGCGAGGGUCUCCGGACACUGGUCGUUGGGCGCAAACGUCUCUCGCCAUCUCAAUACGCAGAAUUUUCAAGCGCAUACACAGAUGCCAGUCUGGCUCUGCACGAGCGCGACGCCGGUAUGGCAUCUGUCGUGCAGGCCCAUCUGGAGCACGAUCUCGAACUUCUGGGCGUCACGGGUGUUGAGGACAGACUGCAGAAAGACGUCAAGCCUUCUCUCGAACUCCUGCGCAAUGCGGGCGUGAAGAUCUGGAUGCUGACAGGCGACAAGAUCGAGACGGCGCGCUGUGUGGCCGUGUCCGCUCGCCUUGUGGCCCGUGGCCAGCACAUUCAGACGAUGGCAAGAUUGAAAACGAAGGCACAGGCAAAGGACGCGCUGGACUUGAUGCGCAAUCAGACGGAGUCAUGUCUACUCAUCGAUGGCGAGACUUUAGCCCUCGUGCUCGCCCAAUUCAGGCUGGACUUCAUCACCAUCGCGGUGCAGUUGCCAGCUGUGAUUGCGUGUCGGUGCUCGCCGACGCAGAAAGCCGAGGUGGCACAUCUUAUUCGUAAACAUACCAAGAAGCGCGUGUGCUGCAUUGGCGACGGUGGGAAUGAUGUCAGCAUGAUCCAGGCCGCGGACGUGGGUAUUGGAAUUGUCGGCAAGGAGGGCCGACAGGCCUCGCUCGCGGCGGAUUUCAGUAUCACGCAAUUCUGCCAUUUGACGAAGUUACUCGUAUGGCAUGGGCGGAACAGUUACAAGCGUUCAGCGAAAUUGGCGCAGUUCAUCAUCCAUCGUGGACUUAUCAUCAGCGUGUGCCAGACAAUGUACAACAUUGCUGGACACUUCGAUCCGAAAGGCCUUUUCAAAGACUGGCUGCUGGUCGGAUAUGCCACGGUAUACACUAUGGCGCCUGUCUUUUCGCUAGUGCUCGAUCGUGAUGUGGAUGAGCAGCUGGCCAACUUGUACCCGGAGCUAUACAAGGAGUUGAAGUCCGGUAAGAGCUUGAGUUAUCAGACGUUCUUUACAUGGGUUCUGGUCUCGGUCUACCAGGGGAUCAUAAUUCAAGGCCUUACACAGCUUCUGGUGGGUGAAGUUGACGGUCCUCGCAUGCUCAGCGUCAGUUUCACAGUUCUGGUGCUGAAUGAGUUGAUCAUGGUGGCGGUGGCAGUCACCACGUGGCACCCGAUUAUGAUCAUAUGUAUCGUCGGAACAGCCACGCUGUAUGCGGCCAGCGUACCCUUCCUAGGAGGCUAUUUCGACUUGGCGUACGUUGCUAGCUGGAGUUGGGUCUGGAGGGUCGUUGCGGUCGGAGCCAUCAGUCUUGUUCCUGUCUGGGGUGGCAAGGCCAUUAAGCGCAUGUGGAAGCCACCGAAUUAUCGCAAAGUGCAGGGGAUAUGAAGCGAGCUUUGGCCGCGUGUACGAAUGAAAUGCAACUGCAACUGUUUGAUUAGCUUGCCGAUUUCUAGAUGUUCAAUAGAUCCAUGCGUGUGGGCUUUCGCGGCAGGCAGUGGCUGCUGUCUUCAG